GGUGUAGCAUAUAUAAGGACCCCGGCGGUCGCUGUCACCGGCAGCUGGAACCGAGCAGCGGUGAGAGUUUCGGUGCUGAACCCCGGGGACAAGCAGAGAAUCAGCAGAGAUGUGUGACGACGAUGAGACCACCGCUCUGGUGUGCGACAACGGCUCCGGCCUGGUGAAGGCUGGCUUUGCCGGAGACGACGCCCCCAGGGCCGUGUUCCCCUCCAUUGUCGGCCGCCCCCGUCACCAGGGUGUGAUGGUCGGUAUGGGACAGAAGGACUCCUACGUGGGCGACGAGGCCCAGAGCAAGAGGGGCAUCCUGACCCUGAAGUACCCCAUCGAGCACGGCAUCAUCACCAACUGGGACGACAUGGAGAAGAUCUGGCACCACACCUUCUACAACGAGCUGCGCGUGGCCCCUGAGGAGCACCCCACCCUGCUGACCGAGGCCCCCCUCAACCCCAAGGCCAACAGGGAGAAGAUGACCCAGAUCAUGUUCGAGACUUUCAACGUCCCCGCCAUGUACGUGGCCAUCCAGGCCGUGCUGUCCCUCUACGCCUCCGGCCGUACCACCGGUAUCGUGCUGGACUCAGGUGAUGGUGUGACCCACAACGUCCCCAUCUACGAGGGUUACGCCCUGCCCCACGCCAUCAUGCGUCUGGAUCUGGCUGGUCGUGACCUCACCGACUACCUCAUGAAGAUCCUGACCGAGCGCGGCUAUUCCUUUGUCACAACCGCCGAGCGUGAGAUCGUGCGCGACAUCAAGGAGAAGCUGUGCUACGUGGCUCUGGACUUUGAGAACGAGAUGGCCACCGCCGCCUCCUCCUCCUCCCUGGAGAAGAGCUACGAGCUGCCCGACGGUCAGGUCAUCACCAUCGGCAACGAGCGUUUCCGUUGCCCAGAGACGCUUUUCCAGCCAUCCUUCAUCGGUAUGGAGUCGGCUGGCAUCCAUGAAACCGCCUACAACAGCAUCAUGAAGUGCGACAUCGACAUCCGUAAGGACCUGUACGCCAACAACGUCCUGUCCGGCGGCACCACCAUGUACCCCGGUAUCGCUGACCGCAUGCAGAAGGAGAUCACCGCCCUGGCCCCCAGCACCAUGAAGAUCAAGAUCAUCGCCCCUCCUGAGCGUAAAUACUCCGUCUGGAUCGGCGGCUCCAUCCUGGCCUCUCUGUCCACCUUCCAGCAGAUGUGGAUCAGCAAGCAGGAGUACGACGAGGCCGGUCCCAGCAUCGUGCACCGCAAGUGCUUCUAAAACGCAGCGCCUCCGCCCGGCUCAGGACGCGACGCAAAGACGCAAACACCCCGCCGCCCGCCGUCCCGGGACGCUCUCGCACUGCGGCCACAGACCCGGUGUGUUGGCUGCGAACGUGAACUCUGCAGCACAGCUGGAUGCAUGCAGAGCGCACCGGCAACAUGUGAAUGUGGAACCUGUACAUAUGUUAUUUAUUGCUUUUUUUCAUAUGUGUGUGUGUGUGCGUGUGUGUGUGAGAGAGAGAAAGGUUUUGUGUGUUAGUCUGCUUUGGGCAGAGAGACUCCACAGCGCUCUGCUUUUCCGCUGUUGGCUUCGAGGCACAAAACACACUCCAACUCGGACCAACUAAAAAAAAAA